GAUCAUGUGUCUGAGUAUGUCCUGUCCAUUCGUAUUCAUAUAUAGUUCCAAAAUAUUUGUUAUAGCGAUGAAGUUAGAUAGUAAAAUCUUCCAUAAUUGAGAAUUGAGCACUUUGUUUGAAGUCGUGGUCGUUUGCGAAAUUAACCCUAAGAAAUGGCUGCGAGAUACCGAGAUGUUGGCACGAAAGUAUACAUUGGUGACCUCCCUAGAGAGGCAUCUGAACGAGAACUAGAACGCAUAUUCCGGGAGUACGGAAGGUUGCGUAACGUAUGGGUUGCCAGAAACCCACCUGGUUUUGCUUUUGUUGAAUUCGAAGAUGCUGCAGAUGCCAGCGAUGCGGUGCGUGAACUCGACGGAACAGUCAUGUGUGGUGUCCGCGCCCGUGUUGAACUGAGCACUGGGAAGUCGCGACAGAAGCCGUGGGUACGUGGAGGUGGUGGUGCGCGUAAUGGUGGAGGACGUGACAAUGGAGUUGGUUCUCGCCGUAUGAAACCAUUUGACCCAACAGAUCGGUGUUACGAGUGUGGAGAACGCGGACAUUAUGCCUACGAUUGUCGUCGUCGGAGUGGUGGGCCGGGUGGUCCAAAUGGACGCAGCAGGCCUGAAGGCCGAAGAAGGUCGAGAUCUGUGUCAAACCAUAGGAGUUUCUCCCGAAGUCGCAGUCGUUAAUGUAAAUGAGGUUCGCAGGUUUACAAUGCAUUUCACUUCAAGUCCAAAAACGUCCAAGUCGCAUCAUACAGUUUUUUAUCCAAAAUAUAAUUAAUACUCAUUACGUCUUUUAGUUUCUUGGAUAUCGUAUGUUAAUUUGUCGUAAAAUUCACAAGUUAGAUGCUUAGUCUACUUGCAGGAAGACAGUCUUUUUUUUGAGGCAAGUAAACAAUCUUACGCCUUAGUGGGUUCAUCAAAGGUUCAGGCUCCAAGCAAUAAAGCAGGCUGAGGUCAUCAUAAACUACUGGAUUGUCCCGUUAGAUACUCCGACAAACCGCUUGUCUCCGCUAUGUGGUGUGUAGUGACUCGUCAGUUCCCAGUUGGGUUAUAAUCACUAGUCGACAUGUACGUAAAUGUGAUGAUGCUUAGGUAUCGGCGACGGCGUCUGCUGCCGGCAGCGCAUUUGGCUGUUUGGUUCCACGUGGUCCGUCCACGCGUUGAUUGCUAGUGAUGCGUGGUGUGACGUACUGGUUUCUCCUGGCUGAGAGGACAUACCUGCAACGUCAUGCAGUGCGUAGAUAGUGACCAUGCCAACGCUGAAGGAUUCGUCACUACUUUACAUGUUGAAGUGGAUGUGAGUUGCGUUAAUCCGACCUGACUAUCAUUCGGCAGUUACACUGUCGUCCAGAAACUAGUUCGGACGGCUCUAUAAUACGGGCCAUCACAUACAGUUUACUUCAGGACUGGUAUGGAUCACCCACACUUAGUAAGUAGGUCACACUCAUUACCCCCAAAUAUUUAGAGGUGACAAGGUGUGAGCGUUUGCCUUAAUUAUUCUAUACUUGUCACAUUUUAGUCAUUGGUCCUUCAUUUUCGCAUGUGGUGCUAUUGUCUUUUCUAUAAAGGAUCAUGGGUGACGAGUUCUCAUUAUAAGUUCAGAGUAAUACCGCUUAUUCGUCUUACAAUCUCUAUAACCAUCUCGAGCGGAUUUAUUUUGUUGGGUCCGUGCAGGGGUUUCUAUUUCGUGUGUCUAUUGGGUGAAUAUGAAGCGUAUCUGUCAGGUGAAUCCUAUAAUAUGAGGGGGGUUGGAAUUGUCCCUGAGAUUCCUACAGCGCUUAUUCUCCCAGCUGGGAAGCGGGGCAUAUUUAGUUGCCUUAAGAGUUUGGGCGAUGGGUGACUGUCAAGAUUGCAGUGAACCAUUACUUUGUUAGACUUAUUAACACUACAUAAGGUAGCGUCGUUAGGGAUGGUUUCUGCUCGCUGAGAAGUUCCUGAUAAUGAGCGGGAGGUUUCGUUGUGGGUUGCAGUUCCUAAUUAUCGAGAACUGAGUUGGACAUGGCACCUAUCAAUGCAUAAGUUUUAGCCUGUCAAAGUAAAUUGCGUGUAAUUUCCUUAGGAUGCCAAUUAAUACUGAUGUCAUCUUGCAACAAUUAUUGGCAGCCAAAUAUGUGACUUAGAAUUGGAGAACAAGUUGCAUGCAACACAGGAUCUGGCGCUAUAUGCAUCAGUCCAAGUUGCCAUACCACUUUAGUACAAUGAGGUAAGACUUUCAAAACAAAUCACAGCAGUAGAAGUAGGAAACACUAGGCAAAGAAAAAGGCAUAAAGAGAUUACAGGACUGAAGACAUAGAGGAUGCUCCUCUUCUAGUGUAAACGAUCGUAGUCUGUGUCAAUCAAAGUAUCUAACAACGGGUUACAGCAGACGUGUGGACCGAAACCAAGUAGCCUAUAUCCAACGAAAUAGCUCAUAACAACAGCCAACCACAUUUUGGUUUGGCUCCUCCUGACUCUGUCUCAACCUACAUGCGAUAGCAUAGACCGUGCAGGUACUUGGUGAUUGGGCACAUGCCAACCACUUCAGAUGAUAGAGACUCAGCAGUCGGUUUGCUUCGAUACCCAGUAUCAUGUGCCUGAAUUCAGAAUUCCUCACUUAGCGAUCCCUGAACACACGAGAAAUGCUUCAUAGACACAUAUAAUCAAAUACUAGUGACCUAUGGAUAUCCUCUAUCUCUAACACACAUGUUUCACAUCCAUAAAGUUGAUCAGAGGGAACUGAUAUGUAGUAAACUCAUCUUUUUAUUGACAGAUGGAUACAUCGUCUACUUGACAAGUUGGCGAAAGCCGACUGAGUUUUCUAAACUCAUUCCAAAAUUAUAUAGUAAUAUUCUGAAGUGCAAAUAUUAUUAAACUCAAGCCCUUAACUGAAAUCUAUUUCAGUUGGGAAUUUUAACGACUCACUAUUAUUAUUCAUUUGGUAUUGUAUGGCUUGUAUCUUCCCAUUGAGGUUUAAGACUGCAAUUGAUCAGUCUGUUAUUAGCAUAUGUGCAUAUGCCUCCAUAUUACCUUAAUUCACAAGCUAUUUGUAAGCAAUGAUGGAUAGUGGCUAGCAGUGGAAUCCAGUUUGAUGCGCGUUUCAUCCUAUUUGGCACUCGUCAGUUGGAUGUACCUGCAUCUCAGAGAGUUGAUGUUCACUCUCCGACUCGAACCUAGUACCAUUCGCUUCAAACACCAUCGCCUUAUCCACUCAGCUACUGGAGUCCUGAUAGCCACUUGCAUGUACAAUGGGUUGAAUUUCAAUUCACUUGGUAUUGUUCGGUUUGUAUCUUCCCAUUAAGCUUUAAGCCUGU